CGUGAUGGACCCGAGUGGAUGAUGGAUGUGGACGGCAAGGCCCAGGCUUCAGCUCCUCGAUGGCGUUGCGCCGGCAACUGUUCCCAGAAGGACACUUGAAGCAGCCCGUGUCGGUGUGGUGUAGGAUCAUGCGUGUCGUCCCCCGUAAGGUAAUCAGCCAUUGUAUGUUUGUCACAUCAUGAAUGUCACAUCACUGCCCCUGGAAUCACUGUAGUGGACAUAUUCGAUUGCAUAUGUGGCUGGCUGUAUUAAUGUUGGGAUGCUCUCACCGAGGAGACCUAGGUAGACCACUGCCACCUCGAUGCCGUCUCGGUGUAGAUGCUCGCCGGUACCCACGGCAGGUAAGAUCUUCAUACCAACUGGCCCAGAUACUGAUUAUCUCUCCCCUGCCCCACGUAAACCUCGGGCGUGUCCUCCAACAUCCGCACGCAGAGGGCACAGCGAAGCGCCCGCGCGCCUCCUACGAUCCGUAUCUGAGAUGCGACUUGGCGGUUUGGCGCCGAGCCACCAUCGCUGAAGCGCUGAUGUGACAAACUCGCUGCGAAUCACCCUCUCGAAUCACCCUCUCGUAUCACUCCCCGGUCUGGGCGAUCACCUGGCGGAGGGGGCG